UGACAUGUCACUCAGUACCAUCAUGCCUAUGGUGAAAAAUGUGGUUUCUAUGGUGAUAUGAUUUCCCCACUGUUGUUAUUUGUCUCAGAACCUUGUGCCGAAGCCCCCGCAAGGCCCCAGGCCCAGCCGAGAGGCAAAUAUAGCAAAGGCAGAAAAGAAGGCCACAGAGGUUAUCAAGGCUAGAAGGUCUAGGGAGGCUAAGUCAGGGGUGAAAAAAUUAAGCCGCCAAGUAGUUGGUAUGUUGGCACUGCCUCAAACUCUAACUCAAACAAUCAGUUACCGUGAGUAUUCAUCUCCACUUCCAAAGUACAUGGAUUUAUUGAUAGAAUUCUAAAACGAUAUAUGGUGGAAGGAUCCACUAAUGUCUACGAUCCUCUUUCUGUAGGUGUCCUGCCAGCUAUCAAGAAGGGCACUAAAGUUACCCUCCAGUCCUCCAGCUCCCCCUCCCUCUCCGAUGACAACAAGGAGGCUCUAGGGGCCGUCUGCCAGGUCCUGACCACCAGGGUGGGAGACAUCCUGAACAGUACCUGCAACGACGAUUACAAGGCCAGGCUCAUCAUCCAGAAAGGAUUGGAUUCCGGUGCCAGAGAAAGGUUCCCUGGCUCUCCGUGUUCCUCUUCACCCAAGGACGAAGAGGAGGUGGUUGUAAGUGUCAUGACUGUCUCAUACCCUAAACCCUCCACCUCAACCCAGGCAGCAUGGGCAGCUCCUGCCCAGACUCUGGACGGUUUUCUGCCCAGACCCUGCCUGGAUGAAGAAGAGGUAGUCCCCAGCACCUCCAUGAAGGACAACACUGUGCCGAACACCCAUGCAGCACGGGCAGCUCCUUCCCAGACCCUGGAAGAAGAGGUGGGGGAGGCUGAGGUCUCCGAGAUGAGUGACAGCUCCCUGAUGCCUACCAAGAACAGGCAGGACCCCCUGGAGAAGAUUCCCUCCCUCCUACCAGGCAAGGAGCACAUCCUCCUUUGCAGCACUCCCUGGGCCACCGUCAUGAGCCCCCAGACUCUGAAGUUUAUUCUCCACGGCAUCAUGUGCCGACUGGAGGCCUCAGAGUCCCCCCAGACAAGGAGGGCUAAUGACCCCUUCAGGCUGAUGAAGGAUCUCUUUGUGGAGGUCCAGCAUGCCCUGAAGUAUGCUGACAUCUCUGUCGUCUUUGGCCUGGAGGAGAGCAUCCAAUUCAGUGGGGAGGAUGCGGUGAAGGCCAUCGUGAAGACUGCGGCUAAAAGAUUGUCCCUGCGUUCGGACUCCAACCGGGCUCAACUGCGUGCCGCACGCUCUGGUAGCGAGGGAGCCAUCAGGUGCAUGGCGGACACCAUCACACAAGUCAUAGAUGACUAUUCCGAGGACUGGAGUUUCGACGGCCAUUUUGGAGCCAGGAGGAGCCGUGGUAGUGGGAGGUCACACUCCUCAACCUCCUCAAGGAGUGACGUCACCCUCACCGAGGAGCUCCUAGCUUGGAGGGAAACUCUAGAAGAGGACCUAGAGGAGAUGGCUGAUGACAGCACUGGUUUGGAAAAGACCAGUGUAAGCUCAGCCAUCUCUGAGAAGUCCCAGGUAAUUAGCUACCUUUCUGAAAGCACCAAGACCAUCAGCAGCGCCCUCUCCACAGACCUCGAGGACAUCACCUCCACACAGGCAUCGACUCAUGUCUGUUUCUCUCUCUACUAA